AUGUCCGUCAGUGACCGUCGCGCCAACUACAUGAGCGCACCACGACCCCGCGUUGCUUCGAAUCGCGUCGCUGAUCCAGAAAGAGCCGCCUUGCGCAGCGGUGCCUCUCCAUUGCAGCAGUCGGAGCCCAUCUCUCAAUUUGUCGGCUCGUCCAGCCCCAAACCCAGGAUCCCUCGCGAACAACAACACAUGGCGACCGACAGGCGUGCAGAGCGGAUGCCGGGCAUCGCGAAAGAAAAGUCUCACGGUCGAACAAGGCAUGCAACGAAGGAAUUGCCAGCUGGGCAUGGCAGAGGGCUCGAGCGCUCACGGUCGAAGCGAGUUAGUCAAGCCGAUGGCGCCAGUCCCAAUGCUCGCAGGAAGGAGAAGCAGCCGACCGAGGCUCCUUGGAACCCGCAAGCUUCUCUAGUGCCCCAUUCCACCGCGCCGUUGGCCUCUCGUGAGAAAGCAAUCCUGGAAGAUCUUCUCUUCACUUUCAUGGGAUUCGAGGGCCAGUACAUCCAUUACCACAGCUCGUACGACCCGUCGGUGGAAAAGGAUCGGUUGACAGGCCCCAUCUUCCAGCUACCGGCUGGUCUAGACCCUACCUUGAAGGAUCUCACCCUAUCAACGCUGAAGAUCGCGACGCAUUAUAGCGCGUUGGAGUCAUUUGUCGAAGUGCAAAGUCGGGCGGAAUACGGCCAAGUGAGCCAUGCUAUGUGUGCUACGAUCCGGAAAUUGUUGAAAGAGUUUCUGGUGCUCGUCGCGCAGCUUGAAGGUGAAUUGCUGAGAAAUCCCAACUUCACAUUGCAUGUUCUACACUUGCAGACCAUGCCGACUAGCCAAUGCUUGGCUCAAUUAUAUUCAUUCGGUCAGGACCUACUCCGACGCAACGGGCUCCUGGACCAAGACCUCGAUGAGACUAUCGAUGACUUCGACGACGUCGAUAAUAUUCUCGAACAGUUGAGGGAAGGCGGAGACCUUGUCCCAGGUGCGAUGUCCAGCAAGAAGAUAUGCAAAGGCGGCAAUGUUCUCCGUCUUCUCACAGAGCGACUUGCAACAUUCUCAGGUGACCCCACCACGAAGGCUCUUUUGGAAAGGUUGCUGCGAGACGGCAGCCGGCCUUACAUGACUAUGCUCAACGAAUGGUUACAUCACGGAGGGAUCAAAGACCCACAUGGUGAAUUCCUGGUCAAAGAGCAGAAAUGGAUCAAGCGCGAAAAGCUUGAAGAAGACUACACAGACGAGUAUUGGGACAAACGUUAUACGAUCCGCGACAACGAGGUGCCGCCACAGUUGGAGACGGUCAAAGACAAGGUUUUAUUAGCAGGAAAGUACCUAAAUGUCGUACGAGAAUGCGGUGGCGUCGAUGUCAGUAAAGAGGUCAGGGAUGUGCCCAAGACUCUCGAUGACCCUCGCUUUUUGGAAAAUGUCAACGCGGCUUACACAUAUGCAAAUGCCUCGUUGUUGAACCUUCUCCUGACCAAAAACUCGUUGACUACCCGGUUCCGUUCUCUCAAGCAUUACUUCUUCCUGGAUCGCUCCGACUUCUUUUCCUACUUCCUCGAGCUUAGCGAUUCUGAGCUGCGCAGGCCCGCCAAGGAUGUCAACGAGAGCAAGCUCCAGUCGCUUCUCGACUUAGUCCUACGUCAGCCUGGAAGUAUUGCCGCUCAGGACCCUUUCAAAGAAGACGUUAAGGUCCGGAUGAAUAAGGUCGGGCUCACGAAGUGGCUGAUGCAGGUCGUGAGCGUCUCCGGUAUGAACCAAGAUGAUCCGGAGGCGGCACUCGAAAAAUACCAAGCCCCUUCCACGCAAGCUGGCGAGACUGAUGCGAAGAUCAAUGGAUUCGAUGCACUCGAGCUCGAUUAUCUGGUCCCCUUCCCGUUGUCUCUCGUUAUCAGUCGGAAGACAGUUUUACGGUAUCAACUUGUCUUCCGGCACAUCCUGUCAUUGCGCCACGUUGAAACUAUGCUCGGCGCAUCUUGGCUGGAGCAAAGCAAGGCUGACGCCUGGCGACACAAGUCCUCUGACCGACGAUUGGAGACGUGGAAACGACGCGCGUGGACCCUGCGCUCGAAGAUGCUGUUGUUCAUUCAACAGCUUCUGUACUUCUGCACAGCGGAGGUCAUCGAGCCCAAUUGGCAGAUUCUCAUGAAUCGGGUGAAUGGAACCGACGCGGAUGGUUCGGAAGUCACCGUCAACGGUACCAAGCAGGCCAACCGUACGGUGGAUGAACUCAUGCAGGACCAUGUGGAUUUCUUGGAUACUUGUCUCAAAGAGUGCAUGCUGACCCAAGCCAAACUACUGAAGGUUCACCAUCGCCUGAUGAUAGGCUGCAAUACGUUCGCUAGCUGGGCCGACGGCAACCUCAAUCGCAACCUUGCCUUGGCCGACCCCGACUUGUCUAGGACAAUGGGCCGUGAAUACGAUCCCACGCGAGUUGAUAAGAUUGACGAGUCGCUCAAACGAGUCGAGGACCAUUUCAGCCGGCAUCUGCGGAUCUUGAUGGACAGCUUGAACUAUUAUGCCGCCACCGAGAGCGUUGUUCUUCUGAAGCUAGCACACUCCCUGAGUGCGAUCAGCAAAGAUUACUGA